GUCCAGAAGUUGGGGGACGAACGAACUACAGCUUGUUCAGUCUCGGAACAUCAGUGGGACUCAUUAGGAGGACUCAUCAGUAGGAUUUAUCUGUGGGACCCAUGAGUAGGACUCAGUAGAAGGACUCAUCUGUAGGACUCAUCAGCAAGACUCUCCAAAUGGCUGCGGACUAUUUUGGAUUCUCCUUUGUGCGCACGACUGAGAGCGACUCCCCCAUACCCAUCAACAACCCGGCCGACAUCUCCGUCAUCGUGGUGUAUUUUGUGGUGGUUCUGGCUGUCGGAAUAUGGGCAAUGCUGAGCACGAACCGCGGCACGGUGGGGGGAUUCUUUCUGGCCGGGCGAAGCAUGGUGUGGUGGCCGAUUGGGGCGUCACUUUUUGCAAGUAACAUCGGGAGCGGGCACUUUGUUGGACUGGCGGGGACGGGCGCGGCGGCGGGCAUCGCCAUUGGAGGGUUCGAGUGGAACGCUCUCAUUGUGGUCAUCAUCCUGGGGUGGCUCUUUGUGCCCAUCUACAUCAAGGCUGGGGUGGUGACCAUGCCAGAGUACCUGAAGAAGCGAUUUGGUGGCCAGCGCAUCCGAAUAUACCUCUCUGUGCUGUCGCUGCUGCUCUACAUCUUCACCAAGAUCUCCGCCGACAUGUUCUCCGGGGCCAUAUUCAUCAACCAGGCUGUGAAGCUGAACAUCUACCUUGCUGUGGUGCUGCUCUUGUUAAUCACGGCCCUCUACACUGUCACAGGUGGACUUGCGGCAGUGAUCUACACAGACACCCUGCAAACAGUCAUCAUGGUUGUGGGUGCCUUCAUCCUUAUGGGCUACGGUUUCAAUGAGGUGGGGGGUUAUGAGAGCUUUAAGGAAAAGUAUAUGAACGCCAUUCCUUCCAUUAUCAAUGAGAGUAUCAGAGAACAUGAGGAAUGCUACACCCCCCGCCCAGACUCCUUCCACAUCUUCCGAGACCCAAUCACCGGGGACUUGCCUUGGCCUGGUCUUGUCUUUGGCCUCACAAUUCUCGCCACCUGGUACUGGUGCACCGACCAGGUCAUUGUCCAGCGUUGCCUGUCGGCCAAGAACAUGUCCCACGUGAAAGCAGGAUGCAUCCUUUGUGGCUACCUGAAGCUGCUUCCCAUGUUCCUCAUGGUCUUCCCCGGCAUGAUCAGCAGGAUCUUGUACACAGAUGUGGUGGCCUGUGUGGAUCCGGAUAACUGCACCGAAUAUUGUGGCACGCCAGUGGGCUGCAGCAACAUCGCCUACCCCAAGAUUGUGGUGGACCUCAUGCCCAACGGCCUCAGGGGGCUGAUGCUCUCCGUUAUGCUGGCCUCCCUCAUGAGUUCACUCACCUCCAUCUUCAACAGCGCCAGCACCCUCUUCACGAUGGACAUCUACACCAAGGUCCGUCGCGCUGCGUCUGAGAGGGAGCUCAUGAUUGCUGGCAGGGUCUUCAUCCUGGUUUUGAUUGGGGUGAGCAUCGCCUGGAUCCCCAUUGUCCAGAAUGCUCAGAGUGGGCAGCUCUUCGACUACAUCCAAUCCGUAACCAGUUACCUGGGUCCACCCAUCGCUGCCGUCUUUCUCCUGGGAAUCUUCUGCAAGCGGGUCAAUGAGCCAGGGGCAUUCUACGGGCUGGUGCUGGGUCUGCUCAUCGGUCUGGCGCGGAUGCUGACGGAGUUUGGCUACGGCACCGGCAGCUGCUUGAAUCCCAGCAACUGUCCCAAGAUCAUCUGCGGUGUACAUUACCUCUACUUUGCCCUCAUCCUGUUUGGAAUCACCUGUGUGGUGGUCUUGAGCAUCUCCCUGAUGACCAAGCCCAUUGAGGAUAAGCAUCUGUACCGGCUCUGCUGGAGCCUCAGGAACAGCACUGAGGAGAGGGUGGACCUCGAGGCAGAAGACUGGAACGAGGAGCAGAACAAGAAAGACAUGAAAAUAGAAGAGCCCACGGAGGAACCCGGGUGCUGCAGGAAAACCUUCAACUGGUUCUGCGGCUUCGAGCAGAAAACCGCCCCCGAGUUGAGCCCCGAGGAGCAGGCUGAGCUGCAGAAGCAGUUGACCGACACGUCAGAGCAGCCCUUGUGGCGGAACGUAGUCAACGCCAACGCCAUCAUCCUGCUGGCCGUUGCUGUCUUCUUUUACGCCUUCUUUGGCUAGCGCCAGUCGAACCCCCC